AUGGGGUCUAGGACUAGUGAAAAGUUUGAUAUGCUUGUGCAGGUUCUUCCAUCUCCCACUACAGGAAGUUUUACUGGUUCGCUAUCUAAAGAUGAGGAUAGAAAUUUCUACUAUUCAAUCAAAUAUGGGGGCAAUUUGGCUCAAACUCACUAUGCUCAACCUACUCAGUAUACAAGGGAGCAGAAGAAAUCGGACGAUGGAUACAACUGGAGGAAAUACAACCAGAAACAAGUCAAAGGAAACGAAAAUCCUCGUAGUUAUUACAAGUUUACAUUUCCAAGCUGUCCGACUAAGAGAAAGGAAAAUUUGGAUGGUCAUAUUACUGAAAUAGUGUAUAAAGGAAGUCAUAGUCACCCCAAGCCUCAAUCCACUCGAAGAUCAUCUUCGAAUUCAAUUCAGAAUCAUACAUACUGUUAUAUGGGAAUUUUAAAUCAGUCAAACUCAUUGCUCGAAGAUGCUAUAGGGGAACCUAUCACAACCCCAGAGAAUUCGUCAGCUUCUUUCGGUGAUGAUGAUUUCGAACAAGGCUCACCAAUGAGUAACUCGAGAGAUGAAGAAAAUGAACCCGAAGCCAAGAGAUGGAAGGGAAAAAGUGAGAAUGAAAGCAUAUCUGCUUCGGGCAGCAAAACGGUUCAAGAACCUAGAAUCGUCGUUCAAACCACAAGUGAUAUUGAUAUCCUUGAUGAUGGUUACAGAUGGAGGAAAUACAGACAGAAAGUUGUUAAGGGCAAUCCGAAUCGUAGGAGCUACUACAAAUGUACAUACAAUGGUUAUCCGCUUAGGAAGCACGUAGAGCGAGCAUAUCAUGAUUUGAGGGCGGUGAUUACCACGUACGAAGGAAAACACAACCAUGAUGUUCUUGCAGCACGCGGCAGUGGCAGUUAUACUAUGAACAGACCACAUAUUAACACGAACCAGCCUAUGGCUAUUAGGCCAUCUACCGGUAUGAUGACAAAUCUCCCCAAUUCUAUUCAGAAAAACAGGGUAUCAGGAUCACAGAACCAUGCUUCGUAUACCCUUCAGAUAUUGCAGGACACGGGUGAUUUUGCCUACUCAGGUUUUGGAGACUCGAUCGGUCCAUAUAUUGAUCAAAUGCAACAGACAGACAAUGCCCUCUCCAUGGCCAAGGAGGAACCUAAAGAUGACUCAUUUUUUUAUUCUUUUCUGAACUGA